UACCAGCACAAGGAUUUAGCACAACGAGAUGUUAUCACUGUGUUUGCCUCGUUUAAUGAUUUGAAACCAAAAAUUGAGAAAUAUGCCUUUAAUGAUGGAUCAGUUAAGGAUUUGCUGUGUAUUGAUGGAACUAUUCCUGUCCAUUAUAAAGGGUCAAGAUACAACAUCCCCAUUUGUGUUUACGUGAUGGACACACAUCCAUACAAUCCACCAAUGUGCUUUGUAAGGCCAACUAAAGACAUGUUGAUUAAACCGUCGAAGCAUGUGGAUGCCAACGGCCGUAUUUAUUUACCCUAUUUGCACGAAUGGAAAUACCCAAAUUCAGACUUGAUUGGUCUCAUACAAGUCAUGAGUGUUGUGUUCGGUGAAGCCUCACCAGUAUACGCAAAGCCACCUCAAGCAGCUCCACCCCGUCCUCAAUAUCCUCCUGGAGGAUCCCCACAUGCCCAACAAAAUGUACCCUACCCCACAAAUACAGGUUUCAUGCCAAUGCCAAAUGCAGGUGGACCUCAACCAAGCUCCAGCUUCUAUCCCCCACAGAAUCCUCCAACAAGUACAUACCAAGGCCCUGGCUACCCCUAUCCAGGGGCAAAGCCUGUUUACCCUCCAUCAACUACUGCAUACUCCUAUAAUCAGAACCCUUCCCAAGUGUAUCCAAGCAACAGUCAGGCUCAGACAAGUGCAGCAAAACCUGUUUCAAAGCAGAGUAGUUUACCAGAUGAUCAGAUAAAAGCGUCAAUACUGUCAGCAGUUGAGGACAAGUUGAAACGACGAUGUAGAGAGGUCUUAGCUGAAAUGUCGGUAAGUCUUGCAGUCAGUAGUGAAUGCCUGUCGACCUUAGCUUUUAGCGUGUCUUGAUUUCAGAUAUAUCUG